GACAUGUCACCCCGCAGCCUCUUAGGGGGUUGUUGUAGCAGCCCUGCAGUCUUUCUGGAAAUUCUAGCGACUUCGCAUAUUUCGAGAUCUCGGAUGGGGCAUAUACCUCUUGAUGCCAUCUAUAUUGUGGAGACACGUUCUUCACAAGAUCGCCACCAGGCCAGGAACCACAGCGGAACCAGCCUCGGCUCCGUCGCAAUUCUUCUCCGCACUCGCUUUUUUUAAUCUCAUCUCACCCACUUGAAGGUUAAUUCCUUCGCUGGUCGUCUCUCCUUUUCUAUACUCUUUCAUCUAUAUUCUGCGUCCGGAAGUGGUACCGCCACCAUGAGCGCCCUCGGCAGUCCCAUCGCUCUACUCAAGGCGCUUUUACUGAGGGUCCCCCUCAUCCUGCGGACCGUUCUCCUCCAUGGCAUCGGUCAGUCGCCUGGCUCAGGGAAGCAGGACUUCCGAACCGAAUUGACUGUCGCUAUUAUCCGCUCCUUCAUCACCGGCCGCGGCGUCCCCGUUGGCAAGCAGCAGAAAGGAAGCAUGCGCGAUCCGGGGAUAAAGGGCCCAUUAUGGGUGUCAAAAGUGAGGAUCCCGCAGCCGGAGUUGGAUGUUCAGGACGCCGUCAUCAAGGCGAUUGAAGAGCUCAAAGAAGGAGGCGAGACAUAUGAUAUUCCCGGGGUUGGACCGGUCGAGGCUGAGUGGACAGGGUAUCGCAAAGGCGUGGAUAAGAAUGCACCUGAGCCGGAGAUGUCGGAGGAGCAGAAGUAUGAGGCAUUGAAGAAGGAGAAUACUGUGGAUAUGGUUGUUCUGUACCUCCAUGGAGGUGCAUACUAUCUCAUGGACCCGUGCACCCACCGUCCAGCAACAUCCCAGCUAUCCAAGCGGACAAACUCCCCAGUCCUCUCAGUCCGCUAUCGUCUCGCCCCCCAGAACCCAUUCCCCGCUGCCCUUGUCGACGCCCUCGUCGCAUACCUCUACCUCGUCUCUCCUCCCCCAGGAUCCUUCCACGCCCCCGUCCCUCCCAACAAGAUCAUCAUCGCCGGAGACUCAGCCGGCGCAAACCUCAGCACCGUCCUCCUCCAAACCCUCCUCACCCUCCAGCGCACCUCCACCACCAUCCGCUUCCACAACCAAGACAUCCCCAUCACCGCACCCGCUGGCGUCGCCCUCUCCUCACCCUGGUGCGACAUCUCACGAUCCAUGCCCUCCGUCGUCAAAAACGCCGCAUACGACUACCUCCCACCACCAAACCCGGCCUCCCCAACCCCAGAACCAUUCGCGCCACCCCCAGUCCCAGCAGACAACAUCUGGCCCGCCUCCCCACCCCGCGUCGACUACUUCGUCAACGCCCCCACAGUCAUCCACCCCCUCGUCUCCCCGCUCGCAGCCCCCUCCCACCUCUGGAAAUCCAGCCCGCCCAUCUUCAUCUCCGUCGGCGAAGAAGGCCUCACCGACGAAAGCCUCAUCCUCGCCCGACGCAUGCACCAAGCCGGCGUCCCCGUCAUCGCCGAACAGACCGAAGGCAUGCCGCACUGUUUCGGACUAAUGAUGCCCGGCUCCGCGGCGGGUAAAUCCUUCUACGACUCGCUGGGUGCGUUCUGUCGUGAUGCUGUUGCGGGGAGGGCUGGUGAGCGCGCGAAUGGGAAAUUGAAGUUCAUUGGCUUUACGGAUAAAUCGAGUAGGGAGAUUCCGCUGGAGGAGGUUAGUCCGUUGUCGGAUGGUGAGGUUGAGGCGUUGUUGCGGAAGGCGAGGGAGUGGAGGGUUCAGGGGGAGAAGGUUCUUAUUUCGGAGUGGAGUGCUAAUAAGGAUCGGGCGAGGUUGUAAGCUUCUUUCCUCAUACAAAUAGUUACAGUACUUAGUGUACUUAGUAUAUAUGUAGAUACGUAAAUUGAGUGAAGGGGUUUGCUUUAUUAAUAUAAUGGACUAGCGCGAGUUAAAAAUAUCGCCCCGGC